CAGUUCCACCCUCCGUCCAGCUGGCGGCGCUGUGUGAAGCUCAUUUCUCUCACCGAAUAAGAGGAAAAAGAAGCUAAUCUGUGUAGUUAGCUAGCGCUAGCAAGUCGGCAAUAAAUAAACAGAAAAACUAACACGGUGACUGACAUGUCAGCUGAUACCAAGAUUGCUGAGCUGCUCACAGAGCUCCAUCAGCUCAUCAAACAGACCCAGGAGGAGAGGUCACGCAGCGAACACAAUCUGCUCAACAUUCAGAAAACACAUGAGAGGAUGCAGACGGAAAACAAAACUUCUCCGUACUACCGGACCAAGUUGAGGGGACUGUACACCACAGCAAAAGCCGAUGCCGAGGCAGAGUGCAGCAUCCUGCGUCAUGCGCUGGAUAAAAUCGCAGAGAUCAAGUCUUUGUUGGAGGAGAGGAGAAUAGCUGCUAAGAUGGCGGGAGUUUACAGCGACAGCGACCCUCCCAGGAAGACGAUGAGGCGCGGCGUCUUGAUGACGCUCCUCCAGCAGUCGGCCAUGACGCUUCCUCUGUGGAUCGGCAAGCCGGGGGAGAGCCCGCCUCCUCUGUGCGGUGCGACCCCCGCCAGCAGCGACUACGUGGCCAAACAGGGCGACAAGGUGGCGGCGAGGGUGAAGGCAGUGGACGGAGACGAGCAGUGGAUCCUGGCGGAGGUGGUCAGCUACAACCACUCCACCAACAAGUAUGAAGUGGACGACAUUGAUGAAGAGGGCAAAGAGAGACACACUCUGAGCAGACGGCGGAUCAUCCCUCUGCCUCAGUGGAAGGCCAACCCAGAGACGGACCCAGAGGCCCUGUUCAGUAAGGACCAGCUGGUGCUGGCCCUCUACCCCCAGACCACCUGCUUCUACCGGGCGCUGAUUCACACUCCACCACACCGGGUCAGACCCUCAGCACUCUGCUCUAGUUUUAGCAAAAGCCUCAGGACGACUACUCGGUGCUCUUUGAGGACACAUCGUACGCCGACGGUUACUCCCCUCCGCUCAACGUGGCUCAGCGAUACGUGGUCGCCUGCAAAGAGAACAAGAAGAAGUGAGCGCCGACUGGACGUCAGGAUACCGGAGGACGAACAUGAAGCCUGUUUUGGGAGCGUUGUUAUAUUGCACUGAUUUCCAUUUUUGUUUGAAAAGAUUAGGCUCUCGUGUUUGUGUUUCAAAUCAUUGGUCUAUUGAACCUGAACAGACUUUUUUAUACGUAGCAUCUCUUCAAUGAGACUGUAUUUGUCAAAAUCACCACCAAGAAACUGCGAAGAAGUGAAAUUAACAGGAACAUCUGAAUGUCUCAUGGGGGAAUUUGUUUCGUGGCUGUGUCCCUAAUCUCUACUGCAAACUGAUUCUGAGUCAUAGUGUUGUUCAGAGGAAACGGGGCCAAAAUAAAACACUGAAAACAGCCAGUAUGGAAACUAAACCACAGAGAGUGCUGUUGAUGUGCAUUUGUGUCCCACAAUGCAUUGCACAAAGGAAAAUGUAGGCGCUACUCACAGCUAAAAAAAACUAAUUGUGGAUGGCGGUUAAAACAGCUCCAGAAACAAAUAUUUCUCUAUUUAGAAACUAAAAUUGGCAUUUUAAAGUCACAUUUUGUUUGCCUCAGCAUCAUUUUGCUGUUUCUGUAAGACAGCUUUUCAUGUUGAUAAUUUUGUGUAUUUACUGCAAAAACAGUGUUCUUUAAAAAUUAGUAUACAUUUUGAAUGCAGUAUUGGGACACAGGAUUUGAGCUUCUAACAGGAAAGUUGGACAUUUUCCCCAGUGAGGAGCAGCAUCUAGUGGCCAGUACUGGAACUUCAGCAUCUUGCUGCUGUCUGUGGUGGGAACUGUUUGGUUAUUCUGCCUUAACUAUAUAUUUUUUUUUCAUGUGAAGUGUUGAUAGUUGUGUGAAACUAAAUCUUAAAGAGCAGACUGACU